UUGCAGCAAUUUUUGAAGAUGAUUUUGCCAUUGGGGUUGUUGAUUUUAUCUGCAUCACAGAUUCAUAUAAGCUUUUAUUUUGUUGCUUUUCUCCACCUGUGGCCUGUGGAAGGUGACAUUAUCGCACACUCUGUUGAUAACCAAACACAGAACUUUGAUGAUCUCCCAUCAAGAUUUGGUUACCGGCUUCCUAAAGAUGGUUUAAAGGGUUUCCUUGUAUAUUCAAGACCAAAAAAUGCUUGUGAACCAAUCAUUUCUCCACCUACGACAGACAAUUCUUCAAACAACUUCAUUGUUCUGAUUAGAAGGUUUGACUGCAAUUUUGAUAUUAAGGUAUUGAAUGCUCAGCGGGCUGGAUACAAAGCUGCCAUUGUACACAAUGUUGACUCUGAUGAACUUAUUAGUAUGGGGUCCAAUGAUGUUGAGAUUUUUAAACAAAUCACCAUUCCAUCUGUGUUUAUUGGGGAAGCAUCAGCUAAAUAUCUUCUGGAAGAAUUUAGCUAUUUAAGAGGUGGCCAUAUAGUGAUACUACCCGAUUUUAGCCUUCCAUUGGAGUAUUAUCUAAUUCCAUUCCUCAUCAUUGUGGGAAUCUGUUUAAUCCUGAUUGCUGUUUUUAUGAUUUCAAAAUUUAUUCAAGACAGGCGCAGGGCAAGAAGGAACCGGUUGCGUAAAGAUCAGCUGAAAAAACUUCCAGUACACAAAUUCAAAAAGGGUGAUGAAUAUGAGGUGUGCGCAAUUUGUCUAGAUGAAUAUGAUGAAGGUGACAAGCUUCGCAUCCUGCCCUGUUCACACGCAUACCACUGUAAAUGUGUAGACCCGUGGCUAACGAGAACAAAAAAGACCUGCCCUGUCUGCAAACAGAAGGUGGUGGCAUCUCAGGGAGAAUCAGAUUCUGAAACUGAUGAUGUAGAUAGCAGCCACGAAGAAAAUGAUGAUGCCUCUGAAAACACACCUCUGCUGAGAUCUUCACUUGCCUCCACCAGUGCGCAUUCCUUUGGUACCAUGUCAGAAUCUCGAUCUCGCCAAGAAGCAGUGGAAUCAUCGGAAUAUGAAGAGGAGGAGGAAGAGGGAGAAAGCAGCGAUGCUGAGGAAGGAGUCAAUGAAGAAACAGUAGUUCAGAUGCAGCAGGAAAACCCUGAAGCUGUUGUCGGAGAGAGAGGAACCAGAGAGUCUGCCGCAAUAGUUUGAUUUAGUCUUUUUUUCUGAAAAAAUGAAAUCUGCACAUCCUCAAAACAAUGUGUCAAAAUUAAAAGUUCAGGAAAUUUUUCCAUUUGCUUUUCCACAUUUUAUCCAUUGCAACUUUACAACAUAUAUGCAACUUUUGUAGGGAUUUAAAAUCUCUCACAGCUCUUUGCUCAUUUCUGCUGCUAGAAUAAAGUGCAGCAGUCAUCCAUAGAUUUUUGGUAACCCAAGCAGCACUGAGGUUUCUCCAAAAUUGUUGCUGUCCUAUUUGGCACUGCUGUCAACCUGUAAAGCUGUUACAUUGAUCACCCAGCCAUGGUAGUUGGGUUCAACUUCUUAUUCAGAUACUAAGCCAAUGACUUUAAGAAAAAGGAGUAACUUGAAUAUAAAAUGGCUGAAUGACACUGUUUCUUUGUAGAAUGUUUAAUCAUGUUUUUUAUCAAUAUAUAUUCUACAUCAGAAACAAAGAAUCCUACUAAUUGUUUCAAAUGUAAGUAUAUCUUGUUUUAUUUACCAAAAUCAAAUUUAUUGAAGUUAAAGUUCUCAAGUCAUUUUGGAUUUGAUUUUUAAAUGGGGAUAUUCUGUAUCUAAUUUCAGUUGUUAUAAAUCAAAAUAAAAUUACCCAAAGAAUUAAGUUGAAUUUACAUUUUAAAGGCUAGUUUUUUUUUACUCUGCAUUGUGUGAACACUUUAAAGUUGGACGUUAUAAUUUUAGUGGUAAUUUGAAUGGCAUUUAUCAAGUAGUGCAAAAUAUUUAGUUAGAAUUCCAAAGUAUGAUUUUUUUAAAAUUUGAGCUGCUUGAACAAACUAUCGUCAUUCUGUUAGAUCACCUCUACAGUUGUAUGAAUUCGCUAUGUCCCGCUGUGGUGCAUAAACAAAUUCUUAAAUGAAGAUGAUCCUUCUAAAAUAACUAUAAUAGAAUUAACUUCCAAACUGUUACAUGCAAUUGUAGCGAUGAUGGUGAUUGGAUAUGACAUCAUUUUCUAAUAAACUUGUAUGAAGUUGUUCUCAGCUAGUUGCUAACAUAUGUAUGACAAGGGAAUGUAUAUCAAAGUUGAUAUUGGAAACCCUUAUAAUUGAAGAUUUCUUUUAUCUCCUGCAUCUUAUUUCUGUUAUCUUGAAAGGGGGACAAUCUAUGUUCUUUUAGGGACAAUUAAUUGUCUACUGGAAAACCCUAAUGUGACAAUUCAACUGAUGGAAGUCAAGACUAGAUAUGAUGUACAUUAUGGGCCACAUUAAGUUUCCAAAUGUAAUUUUUUUAAAAUAGGGACAGUUUAUGUUCUUGGGUGACUUUUGUCCAUUUAGGCCAACUAUAUUUUAAAUGUACAGACAUCUAUUAUUGCACAGUACUGUUAGGUUUCCUGCAUUAGAUUUCAAAAAGUUUGAUCCGAGUCUUUCAAUAAUCACCUUGCCGACGCCCCUCAAAAAUUUUUUUUAACGUGUGUUGGAUGUGCUUCUGAAUGUUAACUGAACGAUUGAGUGUCUUGUUCUACAUAAAAAUAAAAAGUGUUGUCAUAUCCCACUCACUGCCAAAAUCAGUCCUUUUACCUAAUUAUUGAUUUGUUCACUGAGCUGGCAUUCUAACUUCCAACUCAAUUGAAAUUCUGUAAACUUGCCAACGUUAUCUUGUAAAGUUGAUCAGUGCAUGUCUGGGGAUUGUGUACUUGGAUCAGGUAUGUUUAUCUGUUAUCCGUUUGUUUUGAAUAUUGAGCUUUGAGUCUUGGAACUGUAGGAAGAUAAGACAAUAGGAAGGAGGAGAAGCAUAUUGAGAUUUAGUAGAAGCUAAGUUUUUAUACAAGGUUUAGUGAUAAAUCAAAUUGGUUGACUGUUUCAAACUAAUCUCCAACAGCUGUGUGCCUCAAACCUAAAACUGAUCAAACUCUGAGGAAAUGUAAUAGUUGUUAGCUUUCUCCAUGACAUUAAUGUAGAUUGAGAUAUAAAAACACUUAAUUCUUGGAGUUAUUUGCCAGUUUAUAUUUGACAUGUUAACAUUGCCUGUUUAACUAAUGUGACUUCAUACAAGUGUGUUUAUAAAUUUACCUGGUUUUACCCAAGAAGUUUUAGAAUUCUGACGUUAUGGAAUUAUUGGCAUGACUGUAUUCAACAAAUGUCCCUUUGCUUCUGAAUGUGUCCUAUUGAAAUUGUUGGCUAACUUUUUAUGUGGUGUUUAUGAACACAGGAUGACUUCAUUGUGACAUUGUUGCAAACUGAUGAACUCCAUUGAAAAUAAUGCUGGGGUGCGUAAAGAUGAUCCCUUUCAUAAAUUGCUGCAGUGCUGUCACAAAUGUUACUGGCCAUUAAAAAAAUGAAGAAUUUUGUUUUCUGUUGAAAGACACUACGUUGCUGUUCUACCACGUGGCUUGUUUUGUCUCCCAGAAUAUGAGUGCGGGGAAUGUUUCAUUUGUGGGCAGUCCAACUUUCAUGUGGCCAAAAUCAAAAGAGCUUUAACUGUGGUACAGGUUUUUUUCAUUCAUUGUAAUUAAAUGUACCCAAGUACGGGAGUCUUGCACUGAUCAGCUUUAGAAGGUUGAAGUGCACUUGUCACUGUACUUUGAAAUGUUACUUUAUCACUUAAUAUCAAUGCACAGGGAUCUAAUAGGUUGUAUAGCUUAGUUUGUAAUAAUGUUUGUAAAUUUAUUCCAUUCAACUAAUUUUGUAUUCUUUUAAUUUUUAACUGUGUACUUUUUAAAACUUUAAACUGACAUGACUCAUUAGAAAUAUGUCCAAUUUAAAAAAGCUUUGUUAUUCCAUUCAUCCACCUGGUAUCCAUUUUCAUUUUUGGAAACUUUACACUAGGUUUACUCAACUGAAGACAAUUACAUCAAAUUUGAGACAUACUCCCAGAAGUAUAAAUAGAUUGUGUAGACAUUACAAACAUUAAUACUGAAGUGUUCUGAAUUAAAUGCAGUAAUAAAAGUGUAAAUAGAAAACAGCACUCCAAUGCUAUAAUACAAAUGUAUCCAAUUCUUCUUUACCUGUUCUUUUCAAAUAAAGCCAUGUAAAUUGAAAAA